AUGUGGCGCCUCAAUUCAGACAAAAACUUUCACUUCGAACUCCUUCGAAUCCUGGCAUCAGUCCGGGGCUACGGUGCAGAUGUCGCCGAAAUCCUGAAUGUGUGUGAGAAGCUCAUCCCCGGCGACUUUGAAAGCUGGUGGCAGAAUUUCUACGAUCUUGCUCUUUGGGCCAAGUCGUCGGUCCAGCCCGAAGAUCAACACGACCGCAUCUCCUUGCGUGAUGCUUACCUUCGGGCAUCGAGAUAUUUCUUCGCAGCUCAGUUUUUCCUCCAUGGAAACCCAGACGACCCCAGGCUGACUUUGGCUUGGGAGGAGUGGACGAAAUGCUUCGACAAAGCCACAAGCGUGAUGGAGAUCCCGGCAGAGCGCCGAACUUUGCAGGCGGACGGCUUCCAAGUACCAAUCAUUGUUUUGCGCGCGUCGAUGGACAGCCAGCCGCGCCCGGUAUUGAUCAUUGGGAACGGUCUAGACGGCUCCAUGGAGGAAAUGCUGCAUUUCCACGGCUUCCAGGCCCUGGAGCGAGGUUACCACGUCAUAUUGUACGAGGGACCGGGUCAAUGUACAGUCCGCCGUCAACAAAACAUUGGCUUUAUUCCAGAAUGGGAAAGGGUAGUGACUCCUGUCGUGGACUAUGCUGAAACGCUCCCGUUUGUGGACGUCAAGCGCAUUGGGCUGUUGGGAAACUCUCUGGGAGGGUUUCUGGCGGCACGUGCAGCGGCUUUUGAACACCGGCUUGCUGCUGUGAUCUUGAUUGACGGCAUCUUCUCCGUCUAUGAAGCAGUGGCUUCGGUAAUUGGGCCGCAACCCAUUCAGCACGAAAAGGACGGCACGAAGGAAGCCUUCUAUCAGAGUCUCGAAGAACAAAUGCAGCAUUCGACCCAUGUGAGAUGGAUGGUCAAUCAGAUCAACUGGACAUUCAACACAUCAACCUAUGAAGUCCUUCAGCGAGCCAAGAAGAUGACUCUUGAGGGCAUCGCCGGAAACAUCCAGUGCCCUACAUUCGUUGGCGAUGCACAACACGACAUCUUUGUCGAAGCUGAUCAGCCUCAAAUGGUGGCAGAGGCCCUGGGUGAGAAGGCGACUUGGAGGAAAUUCACCGCCGAAGAGGGUGCCGACGCACAUUGUCAUGUGGGAGCAACGGCGUUUGUUAAUCAGGUCGUCCUGAAGUGGUUCGGAGACCAGAUUCGGAACAUCAAUACAUAG